AUGGCUACCCCCACAUUGUCCUCCAUGAUCGACCCGACAAAGCAGGCCGAAUACCCAAUUGUGCUGGGGGAAAGGCUUGCUCGAAACCCAAACACAAGCCGAUUGAUCAACGUCAAUUAUAACCACAAAUCCAAGUCCGCAACCUCACAGCAACGGUCGACCAUCACUCAAUCCCGAUCAGCCGACCACUAUGACCUCGUUGUUACUGAUAAGGCCCCGAAUGUCGAUCAAACGUUGACCUAUGCAUACAAAGGCAGCGAGGACCCGUCGGGCGAGCGAAGCCUGGUUCUGAUCUUCGACCCAGAGCGGAAAGUCUUCGUUUUAGAGUCGGUCUCGACAACCUUGAACUUCAAUCUUCGGUCGGCUCCAGGAAAGACGGAAAAGCAGGUCCGCGAGCAAUACGAACAACUUCAGAUAAAGGAAGAGGAUGAACCAACAACCUCGGCAGAAGACCGACACGGAGGAAAUACCAGCGAGGACGAGGGGCCGGCCGAUGAUAGCAAUCCUUACGACUUCCGACACUUCCUCCCGAAGAAUCGCCGGGAGGAUGAUAAGCCACCUUCAGGCCACAGCACCCCAGAACUUGCCACCAGCAGAGCCAGCACACCCCUAAUGCCGACUGCCAGACCUAUACCUAGACCUGCACCACCUCGAUCCAAAACACAAACACAAACAAACCCGCUGCGACAGAAGAAACCGCCAGCAAAAGCACCAGCCAAAGCACACCCGCCCACCAAGCCAAGCGAGCCUGUCAGCUAUCCCGACCCACCUGCGUAUGAGGACUCUCGCUCGUCGCCAUCCGAUGCCGGCACGGGAUCACAACAAGCUGGGCAGUCUCCCAGCUCCAAUAUCAUAGUUGACGGAGAUCUCAUUAUUGACAUGGGUUCUCCACCUCCGCGCCCAUUCGUGGACCGGACUUACUUCUCAUCCAAUAACACCUCCGCAGAUGAUGAUGGGGACGAAGACAUUGGGGAAUUAAGUCUCCCCUCCCCGGUCGGCAAUACAGCUCCACCUACUUCCUCAGCCCAAACACGCACGGCUAUUCAAGAGGAUGAAGUGGAAGAUGAUGAUGCUUUGGCGGCGGAGAUGGAGGCCGCUUUUGAACAAAGUGCUCGUGAAGAGGAGGCUCUGAGCCACCAUUACAUCCAACCCACGACCAGGCAAUAUGUUCCCAGUGAUGAUGAGAGUGAAAUCAGUGAGGAGGAAUAA